AUGGAAGUGUGUUCAAAGUUUGAGUUUACGAACAUUCAAUGCACUUCUCUAGAUAAAGAGUUUGACGAUAUCGAAUAUUGCUAUAUUAAGUCGGUGAAUCGGAGCUACAAGUACAUUUCCAUUAAAGUGAAAUUGUUUAAGACUCCCGUUACCAAAGUCAAGGUUAAUGCCGCCUUAUACCAGCGACUAAAUGGCUAUAAGCCAUUCCUUUAUAAUAUCACUCUCGAUGCUUGCAAGUUCUUAAGAAACACAGACAGAAAUCCUGUGGCCAAGUAUAUUUACGAGCUGUUCAAUGGUCACUCCAACAUGAACCAUACAUGCCCCUUCGAUCACGACAUUAUUUUGGAAAAGCUUCCCAGCAACUUUCUCAAUACAAGGCUUACAGAUGUUUUGCCUUUUCCUGAGGCCGAUUACCUCUUGGAGACCCACUGGUAUGCCUACAACGUAAACAGAGCCGUGAUCAAAGUAUAUGGCACUCUUUCUUAA